CAUAACUUAUUCAAAAUUGCUCAUUUAAAUUUCCAGUUAGAUGUGUCUUUUAGCUUAUUUCAUAACCUGACUUUAGUGUGACCUGUAAAGGCCUGGAAAAUCAUAUAAAGCAAAAACAAUAUGCAGGUUAGAAGAAUUAAGAUAGUUUAUAAUUAAAAUUAAGUUAAAAUUACAUCAAUUUAAAAGGACCUUGGAGUUUAUAAAUAAAUCAAUUUUUGAUCUUUAUUCAUCAGAUUUGGCUAUAAAAUGAAACUGCAGUUCUUUGAAGGUGCAGCUUGCUGGAAUUAGAUGCUACAUAUAUUUUGAACACACACACUUAUUUUAAUAUUUUAUUUUUAGACAACGUAUUCAAAGUACUUGAGAAAAAUAUGCAAUGACAUUUUUUCCUUGUCCUAAUCAGGACCAUGGUGAGGUCCCCGUGGUUCACCGAGUGGUGGUCCAGGGCUUUGGUUGGGACGCUGAGUUAGGUUGGCAAAGCGUCAUUGUUUUGAAAGGCACAUUCGUCCGGGAUGGCAUUCGUGAUAAGAUUAAGCAUAAACCUAAACCUUGGCCUCGGGGGAAGGCAGGCUGCGGGGUUGAGAAGAGGAGAUGCAGAUUAGCUCUGCUUUUGCUGCCUGCGCACAUAAUUAAGAGGCGGUCCCUCAGCUGGAGCGUGGGCUGUGUCCGGCCUAAGGUGCUUAUUUUCCUGUUACUUGGCCAGCCGAGUGUGAGUGAACAGGAGCCCGAGAGCUUAAAUGUGGGAUCUAGGGGCGCAUUCUGGGGUCUCUGCGCAAGACCAGCUCUCAGCUCUCUCUUCUUUCCUCGGACUCUGGAGCGGGAGCGGGCCUUUCCCUCGGGCCGACCACACCGUAGGGGACGCCGUGAAAAGAGCCGUCGCGCCCGCUGCCUCCUGCCCGCUGCGCAGAGGGCUCCACCCGUAGAGGGGCUGGGAACAAAGGAGAGGAGCUAAGAGGAUGCACCAAAGUAGCCGCGCCCUCCCUGCCUGGCGCUGUCCGCGGUGCUGACCGUGGCCCUCUUCUCUCUCCGCAAUCAAACUGGAAAAGCAGUAGGACCGUCUCGUCCCUACUCAAAAGAAGAGUAAGAUAUUAGAUAAUUUGAAAAAUAACAUUUAAAAAUAGAAAAAGGCCACAUACAGCAAAACAAUAUUUUACUGAAAUCGUUCCCUCAAGCUGUUGCUACCCUUGCCUGAUACUUUUUGGUCUUCACGUAGGAAUGCACACAUACAUAGAGUGUAAGCGUAUGGGGAAACCAUUUCCACUUUAUUUAGGCUGAAACCAAAAUCGCAGGAUUGCAAGAAGGAAAUUGAGGAGAAUGAAGUCUUUAUUAUUAUCCUUUUCUUUCUUAAAUCAUCUUCCUUAAAACAGAAACAUAAGGUCCUCAGCCGCGGAUUUUAGUGCUGAUUUGGUCACCAGAGGGACGUGCAAUGGAGUCAAGUGUGGGCCUCGAGGCUUAACCAGAAAAGGGUGUGUCGGGGACCCACCAGGUGAAACAGGGUAGGAGCCCAUGCAGCUUGCCACCUUCGGCCAGGCUUUGUAGCCGGGCAGCCUCAGUAGACGGGUACAGAGGGCUGAGCUCUGCAGACCGCUCCGGUGCGCAGGAGCCUGCUUGGCUCAUCCCAGCCGGCGGGAGGCACUGGAGGGCCAGGAGGCCUGAAACCCGCACUGCGGAAAAACCGACCGCAGCCACAUCCUCAUAGCUCCCGCGACAGAAAGAGGCAGGGCAGUUUACUAAAUCUUAUGCAGUGAAAAUUCGCCUUAGAAAUCGAAGGUUGGAUGGGUCAGUAUUGAUAUAUUCAAAAAAAUCUCUAAAUUUCUUAGCAUAUUUCAUCGUUCUUAGAUAUUGAAAGUAUUAAAUGUAAACAAUACAAAUCUAAAUUCCCUAAGUAAUGAAUCAAAAUGGCAAGGGAGAGAGAGAGAGAGAGGGAAAAUCAACCAAUUCGGAGCCACCCUGGCUGGCUAUUUCUCAAAAGAAAUUUCUAUGCAUUUGCUUGAGUUUGUCUAUAAAUUCACAAACAUAAAGGCUGUUAAAAUUAGUAACAGAUAAAAUAAUUCAGGUUGGACAAUAGAGACAGCAACACCGAUUUUGAUCCGGGUAUAACAAUAGGCCAUGUAUUGACAAUGACCUAAAAGACAUGUGUUCAUUAAGUUAUUUUUUUUACAUGGGACGUAGAUGUAUCAUAAAAUUCAUGAAAUAAAACGGCCAGGUGCAAUA